UAGCGGUGAGGCGGGCAGCGGCGCGGAUGGGCGGCGCCUCGGAGAGCUUCUGCACGAGCCGCGGGUCGCUCAGCAACGCCAGCAACAGCCGCCGCAACACCAUGCUCCCGCCGCGCCCGCCCCGGCACCGAGCGCUCUCGCGAGAGUCCCCGCCCCCUCGCCUUCGUCCCCGCCCCGGCGGGCGCGGAUCUCGCGAGAGCCGGUACGCGCCCCGCCGCUGGCAGCAUGUGCUCGGGGGGCAGCCUCAGCAUCUUGCGUAGUGACUCCUACGUGGACCUCAGCCAGUACCGCGACCAGCACUUCCGGGGAACCCGUUAUGACCAGGAGCGGCUGCUGCGGAAGAGCUGCACACUGUACGUGGGGAACCUGUCCUUCUACACCACCGAAGAACAGAUCCAUGAGCUGUUUGGCAAGAGUGGCGACAUCAAGAAGAUCAUCAUGGGGCUGGACAAAGUGAAGAAAACCGCUUGCGGGUUCUGCUUCGUGGAAUACUAUGCAAGAGGAGAUGCUGAAAAUGCAAUGCGGUACAUUAAUGGAACCAGACUUGAUGAUAGGAUCAUAAGGACAGACUGGGAUGCAGGUUUUAAGGAGGGUAGACAGUAUGGUCGUGGAAGAUCGGGGGGCCAGGUCCGAGAUGAAUAUCGACAAGACUAUGAUGCUGGAAGAGGUGGCUAUGGCAAAACCGUUCAAUGCCAAUGAACAGUAAAUGACUCAUCAGCCUCGCAGGAGAACUAAAUCUGCAUUGUAAAUGUCACGAGGCACAAAGUAGGUCUGUUGCACACAGAUUUAACAUAAAUAGAAUUUCACAGGUAUAUUCAGUGUUCCUGUAACCGCAUGGAAUGUUCAGUAUCUCUUCCAUUUUAAUACCAGGAUUCAAAACAUUGCAGAGUACAUUAAUACAAAGGACCUGGGAGCAAGGUUUUGAGCAAUAUUAUGCAUGAGACUUUGGUCUUUGGAAGUUGCUGUAACUCUUUCAGAAGAAACAAAGGUUUAACAGUAUGGUGCUUUUCUUUUUCCCUGGCAAAAACUUGAUUAUUCUAUCACUGGAUUUUGUUUACAUUAGUAUCACAGGGUAGAGAGGGGUCAUAAAGGAGGAUUUAUGUGUGUUUCAGAGAUGAGAGGAAAAGGCAGAACAUGAACAGGAAGUGAAGUUCCAAUUUCCAGGAAAUAACUUAAAGUUGCAGAUUUUCUGGAGUUACUGAUUAGUAGCCUUUUACACUGAUGCUGUUCCUUUGUGGAGUUAGCACAUGUACUUGAAGGGCCACAACAAAGCAAUUCAGAUUGAGCCCAAUAAUAAUAAAGCCUAACAGGUAGGAGAAAACAGACCCUUUCAGUCUUCUACAAAGAAUAAUGUGAUUGCGUGACAUGGCAUGAUUCAGAACCAUUUUGCUUUAUGGGAUACAGGGAAUAGCAAGCGCAAGAAUUACACUACCAGUUAUUUUCGUAGUUGGAGUAGUACUAUUUGCUCUUGUCUGGUAGCUCUCUGCAGCCUACUAUUUGAGGAACAGUAUCUUUCCUGUGACUACAAGGGUGACAUGGAACCAAGCUUUUACAGUUUACCCCAUCCCUGCUCCCUCCCUGUCCUGGUCAAAAUGGGGUGUUUGGGAAACUGUAUGUAUAAUGAGAAAGUUUGUCCUCAAAAUAGGUUUUCUAUUUGAGAAAGCCAAUUGCAUAUAAAGGUAAGAAUAAAAGUUAAACAAACAAACAAAAAAUGAUUAAUUUUGUGAGGAGCCUUACAUUAUUCCAAGCAUGUGGUAAGACUGGUAAAAGAAUUGCAGGACUCUAUUUUUUUUUUUUUUUUUUUUUUAAUUUUCUGGAUCUUACUAACACUGCCAGUACAUGUGAUGGGAUAUUGUACUAUAGACAUAGAAAAAAAAAAUAGAUCCCAGCAGGUGUGAAAUUGAACUGCUGAAAUGGUAGGGUUUGAAAGAAACUGUUACAGGGUUUGGGAUUUUUUUGUUUUGUUGUUAAUGGACUUCUGAGUUCUUUGGAAACUGCAAUACAUAACGUUUUGUCCGAGUGUCUUGUUGUCCAUAACUUCUUAAACUCCUUUAAAAUAUCAGGUAUGUAAAAUUAGACCGUUACUAAUUUAACGUAUUGUUGGAAAUAUUAAUGUAUUUCUAUUUUACAGUUUGUCAAAACUGUGACUGUAAAUUGGAAAUGCAGUGAGGUAGAAUGGUAGUAAGACUCCUUUCUUAAUAAGUGAAGCUUUGGGUGGGUGCUUUUUGCGCAGUAGCAAAACUAGAUGGCAAAGAGUAAAACCAGAUUUUCAGAAUUACUUGAUGCAGGUCUGUAAACGUGACUGAACAGAUUUUUUUUUAUUUUUUUUCUAUAUAUUGCAUUUGAUGAUGAGUUUACAGCCUGUAAUCUGCUCUAGGAAACCUCUGAAGUUUGUUUUUCACUGUAUCAAUUUUGUAUAAAAAUUGGUGUUAACAAAACUCUUAAGUCACUUUCAAAUAAAGCUGCAACACUAAAGUGGAUUGUUAUUUCUUAAAAUGGAGUGAGUGAAAGAAAUGAGCUAUAUCCAGACUCUUGCCCACAACCAUCGUUCUACUAUCUUUUAAGAUGGAGAGGGAAUAUUCCUUCCCUUUGACUGGGUUUUUAAGUCUCGUUCUGUUCUUAAAUGAAGAUGUUUGCUUAAUGCUCUUCAUUCUGGUAUUUUUUGGGUUACAGAACAGAAAUGAGUUAAUAGUAUUGAAAUGUAUGUGAAAAAUAAAAUAAAAAAAAAAA